AUGGCAAGUGACGAACAUAUAGAAUUAGCUCAAUACCUUAAAAAUGUUCACACGUCGCUAAGAAAUUUAUCUUCAAACAUUGGCGCCGAAAAGGCAUGGAUUGAACAUUGUAAUAACAAGGAAGUUCUAAAUAAAUAUGCCCAAUGUAUGCAAAAAUUGGCAACAGUACAUUGGGAUUCAAACUCUAAAAGCGAAAACAGUGGGGCUUUUUCUCGUAUUAAGUGGGCAACUGAAUUUUGUGAGGAGUAUUUUACUAAUAGCUGUUCUGUUUACACCAGAAGGGAUAUGGAAAUAGCAAUGAAGAUUAAUGUAACUUUAAAUAAAGAACAACUCUUUCAUAAACCAUACAAACUCCUUGAUGUAGGAAGUUGUUACAAUCCAUUUCAGAUAUACGAUUUUCUAGAUGUGUUAGCCAUAGAUCUAUGUCCCGCUAAUGAGUCAGUUAAACAGUGUGAUUUUCUAAAUGUAUGUCUUGGAAAUGAAACAAUAAUAAUAAAUAAUGAAGUGACACUUCUAAAAGAGAAUAGUUUUGAUGUUGUGACUUUCUGUUUCCUCCUGGAAUAUAUGCCAACUUCAGAACAAAGAAUUAAAGCUUGUUUAAAUGCUUAUAAAUUAUUGAAGUUCGGAGGAUUAUUAAUUAUAAAUACUCCAGAUUCAAAACAUGUUGGUGCAAAUAGCAAGAUUAUGAAGUGUUGGCGAUAUACUCUUGCUUGUUUAGGUUUUUCCAGAGUAAAAUAUGAGAAAUUUAAACAUAUACAUUGUAUGGCAUUCCGGAAAUCAUUAAAUAAAGAGAUUGCUGUCAGAUGGGCUACAAUUCAUAAACAACCUUACAUGGAGUUUAAAAUCCAAAUACCACAAGACUUUUUAAAAACUCAGAAUGACAAUAAUAGUGAAAAAAUUACAGUUGAUGUUGAAGAUUUUGGAGAGCUGCCUUUUAAUGACUUUGAAUUUUAA